AUAAAUACGGGCUUCAGGCGGACAAAGCAAAAAGCCGCGGAGGAGGAAGAGCAGCGCGACCGGAGGCUUUAUUAUAGGAAUCUCAUCGUCUAGCUCUUGUAAUAUAAAGGAAGAGGAGCACCGGAAAGGAUAAAAGCAACAAAAGAGAAGUUUGGAUUAAAAUACUAGUGAUCAUGACGCUGAACAAAACGGACAAACUGCGGAGCAUGGACAAGCGGCGAGGGAGCACUCCCUUCCCCAUCCACCUACAGAACCUGCACCGGAGAAGCAUGCCCGUGGACGACCGGGAGCUGCAGUCUACAGUACCCUUGGUGCAAGCCGCAGAGCUGUCAAACUUCACCCGCUGCUCCUCGUACAGCCCCGGCGAGCCACACCGGGACAGCUGCGUCUCGGAUUCAUCCGACUCUGUCAUCUCAUCCGGGAGCGACUCCGAUGGACAGGUUCACAAAGUGGUGCUGCUGGGCGAGCACGGCGUGGGCAAAUCCAGCCUGGCACGGAUCUUCGGUGGGGUUGAGGAGAAUCACGAGUCGGAUGAAGCAGGGAACAUGUACGACAGAUCUAUUAUUGUGGAUGAUGAGGAGGCCUCCAUUCUCUUGUACGACGUUUGGGAGCAGGAUAACAGCCAGUGGCUGAGGGAGCAGUGCAUGCGGAUGGGCGACGCAUAUAUCAUCGUGUACUCCGUGACGGACAAGGCCAGCUUCGAGAAGGCGUCCGAGCUGCGGAUCCAGCUGCGCAGGGCCAGGCAGUCGGAGAACAUACCCAUCAUCCUCGUCGGGAACAAGAGUGACUUGGUGCGCUCCAGAGAAGUGUCAGUUGACGAGGGCCGUGCCUGUGCCGUGGUCUUCGACUGCAAGUUCAUCGAGACGUCCGCCUCCUUGCACCACAACGUUCAGGAUCUGUUUGAGGGAAUUGUCCGGCAGAUCCGCCUGCGCAAGGACAGCAAGGAGGAGAACGCACGGAGACAGGCCAAUAGCAAGCGGCGCGAGAGCAUCGGCAAGAAGGCCAAGCGCUUCCUCGGCCGCAUGGUGGCCCGGAAAAACAAGAAGAUGGCCUUCCGGCAGAAGUCAAAGUCCUGCCAUGAUCUCUCAGUCCUCUGAAAGUCCAGAUCCCUCCCCCCUCCCCUGAACUGUUACUCUGUCACCAAGACCAGAUGCUGUGUGACCCAGGCUAGUAUUUUAAAUCGUAAAUCAAGGACUGAUAGAGCUGUAUAUAAAUAUAUUUACAUUUUUAUACUAAUGAACCUACGAAGAAACACAUGUAUGAAGGCCAUUCAGUGGUGAAGCAUCUGCAUGAAGUUUUCUUAUUUUUUUCUUAUUAUUUUAUUCUGCCUUAAAAGUACUGCUGUUCAUCCCUACUUGUGCAUAGAGGCAGGGGCACCACUAAAGUUUGUCCUGCAAAGGUAUUUGGUUUGCUGUGAAAUACCUCGGCCCUGAAAGUGGUAGCUGUAGGUACAGAGAUUUCCAGUGAGGGGGCACAACCAAGACAAAUGCUGUAGAAAAGUGAAAUAUUGUACAGUUUUCUUGGGAUUUGGUUUCUUGUGAGAGCGGAGAGUUUUUGUGCAGAGCUGUAUGGUGGAUUUUUCCGUUGAGCUGUCAUUUGGAAGGAUAUUUACUUGAAACUGUGUACGCAGGUUCGUACCAUGGCUGGAAUAUAGGUGUAGGGUUGGGGGGGUACUAAAACAGGAAGAACAUACUGUAAUGUGAUGCUGACCUGCAAUAUUUAUGCGUGAAUGAAUGAGAAAGAAGCAAUAAGUCAUGUCUGUGUUGUGAAGUUGAUGUUUUAUGAAAGUUGAUUUGCACUUCCAUUAAAAACGUUCUAUCAAACUUUGAUAAA